AUGGACAAUUCGAAAGUAGUGGACUCGACCACCUCAAUUAUUACCAGAAAGGACUUCCUGGUCCCCUCGAGGGUGACCGAAAUAUUUGAAUCCGACACCAGCCUCGAAUUGCACAUUACAGAAGCUUCUAAAUCGAACGAGACGCAUAAUCAUCUGCAGAGUUAUAUCGUGUAUACGAUAAAAGUCGGGCAUUUAUUGGUCAAAAGACGAUAUAGUGAGUUUGAGAUGCUUCGUACGUGUCUGAUUAAGACCUUCCCCACGUUGUUAAUCCCUCCGAUACCCGAAAAACAAACGUUAGCAUCAAACUUGACGUCCACUACUGCUAAGUCACUCGAGUCACAUUUUCCAACCGCGAAUGGAUCUUCAGCAAGCAACAAUAACCCAUUGAACCUAGUUGAGUACCGAAAACGGAUGCUCAGCGUGUUUUUGAACCGAUGCUUGGCGAUUGACCAGGUCAAGAAAUGUCGUUACUUCUUGAGUUUUCUUGAUCCAGAAACCAACUUUAGUGACUUUCUUGCAUUAAAAGAAAAUCAAAUACUCUACAAGACAUCAAUCUACAAGCUGGCGCCUUUUGAUGCCCUCUCAAACCUCGAUAAUCAAAUAUACCUCACCCUUCCAGUACCAUCUGCCUCAAAUUAUGGCUCGUUCCCAGAGCUUGCUGGCGAAGAGCAGUUUGAAAACUUUGUCAAGUUUGAAAAUAAGUUUUCCAAGUAUGAGACAGUGCUUGAUAACAUUUCGCGUACCAACAAAAGGUUAGUGAAGCACUUUACUGAGAUGUCUCCCGAUCUAACGGAGCUCGGAUCAUCCUUCAAAGCAUUGUCACUGAUUCAAGACUCAAACUCCAUUGAAAACGUUGGUAGAGUGUUUGACAGAACCCUAAUCUACGCCAACCAACUUUCUGAAGCCACGAAUCUGGGACUUUUGGACAAGCUCAUUGAACUCAAGAACUUCACCAAGAUCGCUAAAAAAAUCAUCCAGUACAACAGAAACAAGGCUGUGCAACUCAAAAUGGUGGAGAAGUCGUUGCAGGACUCGCGCGCCAAGUACAAAGAACAUCAGAAACAGGAAGAGGAGAUAUCCAGAAUUGAUGCUCUUGCGUCGCGGGCAACUGGUUCAGAGCAAUCCGGUAACUCCAGUGCAGAAGCGCCGCUCACGGAUGCAGAGCUUCAAUCUGCUCUUUAUGUGAACGCCAAAAAACCAUUCUACGGGAAAAUACCUGGCAUCAAGAAGAUCAACAAUGUCAUCCUGAAAUACACGGACCCCAAUCCAGACCAAACGCGCAAGAACCGUAUUUACGAUUUACGACUUAAGAUUUAUCAACUUGAAAGACAACAAGAGAUUCUCGAAGAAGAACUAGGAAAAAUUAAUGAUGAAAUAUGGGACCAGCUAGUGAAGUUCCACGAAUGGUUUAAAUCCAGCUUAGCACAGCUGGUAGUUGAAUACAACAAACACUUGGGCGAGUAUAUUCAGAUUAAUCUGGAAGCUUGGGAAAGCUGCUAUAAUAGGUGA